AUGAGCCAGUUUGGCCCACUCUGGAGGCAUGUAUCUCGCCUAAAGACCAUAAACGAGCAGAGAAUAUGCUCUAGGACACUUCCAAAGAGGCAGAAGCCUCUCCACCAGCAAUCGCGCCGCUACGCUCAUCAGCCCGCAGACGACGCCGAAUGGGUAUCGCCAGUAGACAAACCUGCUGUACUUAUGCGCUCGAAGGCGAAUAAGAAACAUGGUCCAGGUCUUAUCAUACUAGCAUUGAUGCCAAUCACAGCAUUCGCCCUCGGUACAUGGCAAGUCCAGCGACUUUCCUGGAAGACCGAUCUCGUCGCCCGCUACGAGGACCGCUUAGUCCGUCCGUCCCUCCCUCUCCCACCACACAUUGACCCAAGCGCGAUCCCCGAUUUCGACUAUCGCCGUGUGUUCGCACGAGGCAAGUUCCGACAUGACCAGGAGAUACUACUCGGUCCGCGCACGCAUGAUGGUAAAGAUGGGUAUCAAGUGAUAACACCAAUGGAGCGGUGGGACGAGCAAGGCAAGGAGAUGGGCAAAGUUCUGGUCUGCCGCGGCUGGAUAUCGCGAGCAAAGGAACUGCAGAAAGAUAGAGCUGGCCCUGAUGCAUUACCAGAAGGAGAGAUUAUCGUGCAAGGUUUGCUAAGGCAGCCCUAUAAGAAGAACAUGUUUACCCCGGCUAAUAGUCCGGAGAAAAAUUUGUGGCAUUUCCCGGAUAUCGAGGCCAUGGCUAAGCAUGUUGGCGCAGAGCCUGUGUUUGUGGAAGAGACUAUGCUACCUGAUUUACUAGUAUCUCAAUCGAGAGAGACGAACGGUGUACCAAUUGGGCGGCCCGCGGCUGUGAACCUGAGGAAUAACCACACACAGUACAUAAUCACAUGGUAUGCUCUAGGUAUCGCCACUUCUAUCAUGUUCUGGAUGGUGGUCAAGAAGCCACAGUCAGGCAUCCAACAAAGACUACAACAGGCCAGGAAAUGGUAA